AUGAUUGCUCGUGCCGCUAUCCGAACCGCGCUUCGCGCCAACAAGGCUCCCUCGGCCCUUUCGCAGCUUGGCGCCCGACGUGGCUACGCUGAGGCUGUUAGCGACAAGCUGAAGCUCAGCUUUAUCCUUCCUCAUGAGGCCAUCUACAACUCGACCGAGGUGACGCAAGUCAACAUUGCCUCCUCGACCGGAGACAUGGGUAUCCUCGCAUCGCACGUUCCCGCUGUGGAAGAGCUCCGACCAGGUGUGUUGGAGGUGGUCGAAUCGUCCGGUUCCAAGAAAUGGUUCGUCUCCGGUGGCUUCGCUACGGUUCACCCCAACAACAAGCUCGUCGUUAACGCAAUCGAAGCUUACCCCCUCGAUCAGUUCUCGGCUGAAGCUGUCCGCUCGGCACUUAGCGAAGCGCAGCGUGUCGCAAGCAGCGGCUCCAGCGCAGAGGCCAAGGCUGAGGCGGAAAUCGAAAUCGAGGUCUACACCGCGCUUCAGGCUGCUCUUGGCCGAUCCUAA